AUGGCUAUCAAUUCACAUUCAAGAGAAAAUCUUGAUUUUCUUUUACUUGAUAAUGUUAAUCCAUCUAAUACAUUAACUGAAGAAAUUAGCACACGUAUUUUUUAUGAUUUCAAUCCAUUUGAAACAUUUUGUGAAACAUUUCCUUCUGAAUCUAGUACUCAAUUAUAUAAUGAUGUUUUCGAAGAUAUACCCGAUAUCAAUGAAAUGCAACUAAUAACAUCGACUCCUAGUUCUGUUGAUGUAGUUUACAAAUUAUUAAAAGAAGCUAGCGAAGCAUUUCAUCCUACUGAACAGAAUAAUCCAGCAUAUCAUUUAAGACAUGUUGAUGAACAAUUAGCAAUGAAUAAAACUACUAACGAUUCAUUACCUGUUAUUCAAUCAUUUUUAAAAAAAUCAUCGAAAUCAACGAUUCCACUUUCAGAAAAUGUUGCUGUUACGGAUUUAAAAUCUAACCGAUUAAAAAUUGUUUAUGAAUUAGAAAAUACAUAUCGUCCACGUUACAAAAGUGAUUAUUUUCCUCAAACUGGUUCAGCUCGACAUCCACGUUAUAUUACUGAUAAUAAAACAAAUCAUUUUAUUACAUUACAAUUGCCAAGUGACUAUCAAUAUGAUUUACAAUAUGAUUACAUUCGUGUUGCUCUAAUAACAACAUCUAUCGAAGGUCAUGGACAUUACUAUAGUCCUUAUAAAUUUCAAAAAGAUCAUAAUGAUAUAAAUGUACCCGAUGAAAAUCCGAUGUAUAUUAAAAUAGAAGCUAAUCGAGAAGAUCAAUCUAAAAUGAGACUGUAUCUUGUUUUAAUCAAAUCUAAAUUACAUCAUCUGAAUUAUGUUCAACCAUUGAAAUUAUUUUCAGAUACAACCGCUAAUAUACAAAAUAUUAUACAUGAAGAAAUUUUACGUCCUAAAGAAUUAAUUACUAAAUAUCAAUUAGAUAAAUCUCAAAUAGCGUUUACAUUAUGUAAAAAACUUUCCGAUGAUUUCUAUAAACCAUAUCCAGAUUCAACAAUCAUUUCAUCGAUUAUUACUGAAGUACCAACAUCGAAGAAAACAAAUGAUGUUACUGCAAAUACUAGUACAUCACUAUUGGGUAAAUAA